AUGAUUCUACUUCUUUUCAUUCUGCUUUGUUUAUUUUCCACAUCUCGAGGCGACUCUGUCAUUUUGGAAAAUGAAUGCGUUAAAACAUCAGAAGAAUGUCGUAUACGACUAGAAACUUUCAAUGGACUACCUGGUAGAGAUUGUUUCGUGUUCUCUUCUGAAUACAGAAGCUGCUUUGUAAUAAAUGAGGAAUCAAGUAUGGAACUUGAAGACUUGAAUACAGCAACAAUUCUCCGAACUGAAGAAGGAUCAGAUGUUUCAUUUCAAAAUGAGAAAAAGACUAAUGGAGCUGCUGUGAGGGGAAGCACAGUAUGGAACUCACCUCCACGUUUUCGUCGCUACAAGGGGAAGUCAGUGAUAGUUACAUGUCAGUGUAAUCCGCUUGAUAGAUAA